AUGAAAGACGUCUUCUUCAAUUCUCUCUGCUUUUGCUUCUUCUUCUUCUGUUCCGUGUUUCAAUUCAAUCGGGUGUCCUCGCAAAAUGGAACAGAACGUGCUGCCGUCCCGCCGAGAGGUUGGAACUCCUAUAAUUCAUUUUCCUGGAUUAUUUCUGAAGAAGAAUACCUAAAAAAUGCGGAGGUUGUGGCCAAUCGACUUAAGUCUAAGGGAUAUGAGUACGUGGUUGUGGAUUACCUGUGGUAUAGGAGAAAUGUUCCUGGUGCUUACGCUGAUUCUCUUGGAUUUGAUGUCAUUGAUGAAUGGGGGAGGAUGGUCCCGGACCCGAGUCGGUGGCCUUCCUCGCAAGGUGGGAAGGGAUUCACUGAAGUAGCUAAGAAAGUUCAUGAUAUGGGUUUGAAGUUUGGAAUUCAUGUCAUGAGAGGAAUAAGUACACAGGCAGUCAAUGCUAAUACGCCUAUAUUGGACAUUUCAAAGGGAAGUGCCUAUGAAGAAUCCGGGAGAAAGUGGUUUGCAAGUGAUAUAGGGGACAAGUCGAGGACUUGUGGAUGGAUGAAAAAUGGUUUCAUGAGUGUGAACAUGGAUUCAGGAGCUUCAAAAGCCUUCUUAAGGUCCCUUUAUCAACAAUAUGCUGAUUGGGGUGUUGAUUUUGUGAAACUUGAUUGUGUCUUUGGCGAUGAUUUGGAUUUACCUCAAAUAAGCUUUGUGUCUGAUGUUCUUAAACAACUUGACCGCCCAAUAUUGUUUUCUCUGUCCCCCGGAAAAACUGCGACGCCAGCCAUGGCCAAGGAUGUAAGUGGGCUGGUUAACAUGUAUAGAAUAACAGGUGAUGAUUGGGAUAAUUGGAAGGACCUCGUUUUCCACUUUAACAUCACCCGGGAUUUCUCUGCUGCUAAUAUGAUAGGUACCACAGGCUUGCUGGGUAAAUCUUGGCCUGAUUCAGAUAUGCUUCCAUUUGGGUGGCUUACUGAUCCAGCUGCAAACGAAGGCCCACAUAGGACAACCAACCUCAGCGUAGAUGAACAAAGAACUCAGAUGACUUUAUGGUGUAUGGCCAAGUCUCCAAUUAUGUAUGGAGGAGAUUUGAGGAAUAUUGACGAUGCCACCUUUAGUCUCAUCACAAAUCCUACGCUUCUGGAGAUUAACUCCUUCAGCUCAAAUAACAUGGAGUUUCUUAAAGUUGCUUCAACAAAGGUUUCACACAGUCAGGAAAAGAUUGUGAAAUGGCAUUCUAGAGAUAUGGUGGCAUCAGUUUCACCUAUACUUGGACUCACCAAGUGUUCAGAUUCGGACGCAGCUGGUUGGGUUACUGAAAGUCUGAAUCGAGGUCUUCAAAAAAUAUGUUGGAAGGCAAAUCCAAAACACAAAUAUGAAACACCAUUUUGUGUAUAUAAACGAGGGUCUCAACUUGCAAUAUACAAAGAGGCAGCUAGUGGGCAUGAUGAAGGGGAUGUUUGCCUGGAUGCAACUCAGCAAAGGAAGCGUAGUUCGGAAGAGUUCAGGAGGGGGUCCUUUUUCCCUUGUAGAAGGCAUGAGAACCAGAAGUGGGAGUUACACAGUAAUGGGACGUUGGGAAACCAGCAAUCUGGGGAGUGUGCAAUUGUAAAGCAAAACGAUGCAGAAGGUAUUGAGAGUGGAGUUGGGUCAUGGAUUGCUACAGGGAGAGGAGGUGAGGUAUAUGUUGCUCUCUUCAAUCUCAACAACGAGAAGACUGAGAUAUCCGUGAAGAUUUCGGACCUUGCGGAGGCACUUCCGGGCAAGGGAUUGGGUCAGCCUUCCUGUAAAUGCAGAGAGGAAUGGAGUGGAAAAGAGUUUGGAGUGAUGUCAGGGUCGACCAUAGGUACACCACUUCAAACCCAUGCCUCUGCUCUAUUUACCAUCAACUGCAGCUAGCCCUACUGCCUUAUGGAACCUCUCUUUUUUGUGCCUAAAACUUUUUGUAUUAAAGCUUAAAUAAUACGGAAAUAAAGAUUUCCAAGUCUGCUUCUGAA